GGAGCCGGCGCUGUCAGUGCGGCCGGGAGCGCGGGGCAGAGCGGCCGGGAGGCAGCUCGCUGGGGUCGGUGUUGCCUGCUCGGCCCGCUCCCCGGCUGGGAGUGCCCCGUCCCUGCCGCCGGCUCCCCCUUCCCCCAGCUCCGGCCCUGAGAUCCUUGGCCCGGCUGCCCCCGUUCUCCCACCAUUCCCCAGGAUCCAGGCACAUGGAGCUGCUGUGCGCGGAAGGGGGCCCCCGUGUGCCCAGGGCGGAGCGGGACCCCCAGCUGCUGGGGGACCGGCGGGUGCUGCAGAACCUGCUGUGCCAGGAGGAGCGCUAUAGCCCCCGGGUCUCCUACUUCCAUUGCGUGCAGAAGGAGAUCAAGCCUUUCAUGCGGAAGAUGCUGGCUUUUUGGAUGCUGGAGGUGUGUGAGGAGCAGAAGUGCGAAGAGGAGGUCUUCCCCUUGGCCAUGAACUACGUGGAUCGCUACCUGUCUUCAGUCCCUACUCGAAAAAAUCACUUGCAGCUUCUGGGGGCUGUCUGCAUGCUCCUGGCUUCCAAGCUGCGAGAGACCAUGCCCCUGACUGUGGAGAAACUCUGCAUUUACACAGACAAUUCCAUCACACCACAACAACUCUUGGACUGUGAGGUCCUCGUCCUUGAGAAGCUAAAGUGGGACCUGGUGUCGGUGAUAGCGAAUGACUUCUUGGCUCACAUCCUCCAUCGGCUCCCGCUGCCCACGGACAAGGUAGAGCUGGUGAAGAAGCACGCACAGACCUUCAUCGCCUUGUGUGCCACAGAUUACACCUUUGCUAUGUACCCUCCGUCCAUGAUUGCAACGGGCAGCAUUGGCGCAGCGAUUCACGGCCUGUCUGUCUCGGCUAACUCUUUCUCUGGCGAGGCCCUCACGGAGCUGCUGGCCAGCAUUACUGGCACAGAGGUGCUCCAGAUAUAGGGGUCGCUCCCCCGACCCCCAUAAGUGACCUUCAGAGUAGAGAAGGGACAGGACUUGGCUGUAAUGGAACGAAACGAGAUUCCUCACUAAGGCUGCUGGACACAGGCAGACCCGGCAGUUCUCUCCAGCUCCCAGACUAACUUGGUCUGUGCUGCCUAGUGUCCUCACGCAAGGUCUCCCUAGGUCCUGGCCUGGACUGAGCUGUCAUGGAAGGGAUGCUGACUACAUUACUGUAUACCAGACUGUGGUAACCCUCUGAGUGUUUGUGUUAUUGGAGUCCCCAGUCUCUCCUUGAGCGCGGUACUACAGCGUCUGGUUUUCCCGCCCCCAGGGCUGCUUCAGCCUCCCAUGGUCUGCUCCUUCUCUCCUUGCGGCCAGAAUUACAAUGCUGGGAGGGGCGGCUGUGUGGCCUCCUGCAGACUGCUGUAUAUGGCUGCCGUCUCGUCAGCACCACCCUCUCCUCUCCAGCUGCUGACCUUAGACUGAACGCAUCUUCUCUACACACCGUGUUGGCUCAGAAAGCUGUGGCUGAAGCUAGACAGAGACUGGCUUUUUGUUCUGAGUGUGUACAGCGCCUAGCACAGUGGGGGCCAUGGCCGUGGCACCUAGAUGCUACCAUAAUACAAAUAAUUAGUGAUAAUAAUACACAGUGCUGGCUCUUGCCAUGGCUAGGUAGGCGCAAGGGGCUGUGAAUCUUUACUGGCCAGCAGUCACUGGCAGUGAUGCCCUGGGAGAAAGCGAUAAAAGAUCCCCCACCUCUCCUGCCUCUUUCUGGAGCAUAACUACACUAGCCCGAGGUACUUCCCCAGCUCAUAGCAUGCAGCGGGGUGCGUGGCUGCUGCAUGCUGAGGUCUGUUCUCCGACUGCCCGGUUGUACGAUGGCCCAGAUCGCGUUCUCCUUUUGUCCGGUGUGAUGGGGGGCGUGCAGGAAGCCUUUGGAAAGCAGACACAAAGGGAGGCACCCGCUCACCUAAGCGGACAGGUGUUAACAGGAUUGGGUUGACGGUGCUGGGGGAAAACAGGCUCAGCAGCUGCUAACCUCGGCCAGUGUCCGAUUGCUGCUGCUCUAAGCGUGGGCGGGAAGGGAGCCAGAAGCGGUUUGCCAUUCCAGGACUCUUGAUCAAAGGCAGAUGCGCAUGGAGCCGUAAGGCAGGAGUGAGGGGAACUGGUCCCUCAGCACCUUGGGGAGCGGGUGGGGGGCUUGAACUAGGAUGGUUCAGGGUCCCUUUCUUCAGUCAUCUCUUGCUCAAGCACUGGCCCUCAGGAGCCCUUGUUCCCCCAUAGCCCCUUUGAGCUCUGCAUCUGCCCAGGCACAGAAUGAACUCAGGCGUGGAGUUAGUUCCCCUCCCCCGAUAGCAGCUCUGGGGAAUUGGGAGGUUUGGGGCUGUAGUGUAGCCGGGCGAGGGAUAAUCACAGCCUCGCAUUGUCGGAGGGGGGCCGGGGGGGGGCUCACUUUAUUUGCUCAGCGGUUUUUGUUUGAGCCUUUAAAAAGUAACUUUGAAUUGCCUGCAGCCAGCUGCUCUCAAGCUGCUGCCGUGAAUGGGGCAGAGGCUGAAUGCUGCCCUGUGAGCAGAGUUAAUUGAAGCCGGCGCGGAGGAGAACAGGUGGGAAGCAGGGAAGAUUUCAAAGGCCGGCGAGGGGGAACACAAAGGAAAGAUUAGAGGGCAUUGGAGUCGCCGAGGCCCAAAGCUGUUACUAGUCUGCCUCCCCUUAUGUAACCCCAUCGGGGGGUGUGCUCAACGUAGCCUUUUCUCCCAACCCCCUCCCGGUUUCCUUCCGACCUCUCCGUGUCAAUCCUGUCUCCAGGGCCGAUCUCCUGAGCUUCGGCUGUUAUUUAUUCUUUGUAUUAUGGUAGCACCUAGGAGCCCCCUUCCUGGCCUAAAACCCCAUUGUGCUAGGUGCUGUACAGCCAUAGAGCAAAAAGAUGGUCUCUAUCCCAAGGGACAGUCGUCCUCUCUGGAGUAACCUUUCUUUGGGCUACUUCCACUGGCGUUCUAGUGGAUGGAGCGGGGGUGGAGUGGGGUGGGGAAAGGAUUCCAAGCUCGGAUUCCUGGGCCCCAUUGAUUCAGUCCAUGAGCUUGGACAGGUCUCUUCCCCUUCCGGCGACUCAGUUUCUCCACUGCUUAAAUAGAGGAGGAGGAUAACUUCCUUCCCAUGGCCACUGAGGCUUAAUUCAUGAAUGCUGGCGGUGCUGCAGGGGCAUUAAGGACAUGCAAUGACUUACCGUUGUGCAGACUGCGCUGCUUUGCUCUGUUCUGCCUCUGCUACCAGGCUGAUAAAUUCCUGCCAUGGGUAUCUGGGUCGUAAGGACUCGGAACCUCGAGCAUCUAACAGGUUCAUUACUCCUGGUUGUAUUAAGGUUUUAUCUUAAGCGUGUGAUCACCGAGGGGUUAGGUGCUGCCCGUUUGCUACUUAACAAGUCUUUGCUCUCUGGUAAACAUGCUCCAUACAAGGUUUAAUUCUGAGUGUGCAUUAUUAUCCACAGGGAGAUGGGCAGGUUAGAGUCUUCCUCCCCCUUUCCUGUAAGGCAUGGGACCAUACCUCAUUUUUUAAAUAGGCAUCUGGUGGAAGGUGACAGCCCUAGAUUCUGGGCUCCUUUACAGAACAGGUAUUGCGGGGGCAGGGCAAGCAUCCCACAGCAUACUCAGCCAGCGUGCAUGGCCCCUCCAGAGAGCCAGAGGAGAGCUCCCUCUCGAUGCCUAGACAGUCCGUAGCAUCUCUGCUGAAACCAGUCCCUUUGCGGGUGAUUGCAAAGGUGGCUUUUAUGAGAUGCAGACCUCUGUCUCGGUUCCUAGUAGACCUAGCCGCCGAAUUCAGAGAGGCCAUCCAACAGUGGCAGCUUCCGGUUACUGCCGACCUGUGCUGAACGUGAACCAGGGUCUCCUUGCCUAUCCCCUGCCCCCGUAACCCAUAGACAUGGCCUGCCAGCUGUCCCCUCGCCUCCUCCUGCCCUGGGUGUAACACAGCAGGGAACUAGCCAAGAGGGGGUAUAGAAUGGCCGUUGCUGGGGCCCGUGUACAGCUCUCUUCGCCUCGUUGCUGCGGGUAGAAGGCUAGAGGCUACGCUUACUGGAAAUGACUUGGGGAAGGGGAGGUGGGUGUUGCUAUUUUUGCUUGCCACAUCCUCUGUCAGUUUCUAAGAACCAGUUGUGGAUUCCUGGUAAGAGAUUCUAUGUGUGACACAAUCCCGUGAGCAGAGACGGGCCAGAGUCCAGCCUGGCUCUGGCCAGAACCCCAGCCCUCGCCUGUGCAAAAUGCCACCAUUCUUCAUCAGAAAUUGGGGGCAGAGGGCAACCUCUGCCCUUUACAGAUGCAGGAGGCCCCAGACUCCGCUGCAUCUUGUGCAGCACUCUGGUGAGUCACUGCAAUCUAGUGUCAAACUGGAGGAGUUUCCUCACCCUGCAGAGGCUCUGGGGGAUUGGCUUCGAUACUUGCCGUGUUCUGCUAAUUAGAAUCAUUCUUGCUUCAGUGUUGUUUCCCUGAGGCUGGGCAUUUCCCUUGCCCCAAGCACUGCACUGGAGCCAGGAUCCUGGACAGUGUUGCCAGGAGAUGCAGUAUUGGACUCCCAGCGCAUGAAGAAUCUAGGGAAAAUCAGAUGAAGUUCUCUGAUGGUAUAGAAAGUGUAAGAGCCUAGUGAGGAGCAUACUUCGUCAUGUAGAUGUACCUGCAUCUUAAGAGUGCUAAUGUCCUCUGCAAAAACUGAUAGCUUCGCAUGAGACCCUUAGACUGAGAGAGCUGGCUGGAGUCUGAGAAGUCUGGGUCUAGCUUUCACGGAAGGCAUGGAGUUAAGUUGAAAAAUGUUCCCAAAUAUUCCUCACUUUACUAAUUCCGCCCCCCCCCCCCCCCACCACCACCACACACACAGCACAGCUUGGUCCUCUGUUGGAAAUGAAGGACCAAGACCGGUGGGUUUAAUUUAACUCCACGGAAGGUGCCAGGUACCACGGUGAUUUGGGGCCCUACAAGAGCUUAGGCAGCUGUCAGAGACUGAGCGCUCUGAAGGAGAAGUGGGAUAGAGAGCGAGUAUGUGGGCAGUCGCUGGGAGGUUGAGGUGACUACAGAAACAAGCAUCUCUUGAAGUACUGAAAAACGUCUCCAGGCAUUUAGGCUAAUGUGUGUGCAGUCUGAGACAGGUCCUUGCUCCGUGC